CACACACACACACACACACACACGGUGUUACGGAAACGGCUUCGUUCACGGCCAGCGGCUCCAGCCAUGACUCCUUCACGGCUGUGACGUACGUGGAGCGCUCCCCUCCCCCCGCGUGUGUGUGUGUGUGUGUGUGUGUGGUUGUUUGUCCAAAAAAACAAACAAACACAACGAUGCAGAGCGGCGUUGCCAUCCGCGUGCAGAUCGCCUCCGUCAUCGACGCGCUGUCCGUCGCGGCCGUGGCGGAGAUCGCCAAAGUGGUGGAGGACGGCCUGGUGGUGCUGCGGGUGGAGAUGCGUCAGCGCGAGGACGAGAUCCUCAAGCUGAGGGGCGACAUCGAGGUCCUGCACGGCGAGCUGAGGACGCUGCGGGGCGGCGUGACCCCGCGAACCGGGAGCCACGGGAGGGGCGAGAGGCUCGUUGCUGAUGAGAGAACUUCACUUGAUAGGAACCACAACCACGCGGACCAGAACGGCCUGCCGCGACCCGAGGCCCAGGUGAAACGUGAACCCGCGGGAGACGAGGGCGAAGAGAACGGAGGUCGGCCCGCCCCGCCGCGAGAAGGCCCGCGCGGAGGGGACGGCGCGCGGUGGAGGCCGGGACGCCACGGUUCGGGUCAUCCGAAUCCAGCGGAGGUCUCCUCGCCGCGGACCGGGCCGGCCGCGCCCUGCUGCUGCUCCGCCGCCGGCGCCGGGUUCCCGCAGAGCCCGCUGGGCCGCGGGCCGCCGGGUCCCGGCCAGCACCGCAGCUCGUACGCCGCGGCGCGGAGGAGGACGGUGGCGGCGGCGGCCAAAAGGUCGAUGUUCAAGAGAGUCUUCCUCUGUCUGUACUGCGGCAAGUGCUUCGAGCGCUCGGGCCACUUGGAGAGGCACAAGAGGAUCCACACCGGGGAGAAACCGUACCGCUGCGAGACGUGCGGGAGGCGCUUCAAUCAGAAGUGCAGCCUGAAGGAGCACACCAAGAUCCACAGGAGAUGCGCUCAGGCCGAACCCCUGGAGAUGGAAGUGGUCGAACGGAAGCGCGUCGCCGAGGAGAAUCCGCCCGGCAACGCUCUCCGCCCCGAGGACGACGACCCGGUGAAGGUGGAGGUCGAGCCUCCUGAGAACGAGGAAGUCGUCACGAUGCCCGUGCGCGUGAAAUGCGAGCCCGCGGACGAGGAAAGCGCCGCGCCGCCGCCCAUCGGAGGAGGAGGCGAGCGGACGAGGGAAGCGCCGGGCGACGGCCUGAGCGAGAGCUUGGCCUCGUUCGGGACGGACGGCGAGCAGUGGAUGUCCAGGUUCCAGAUCGGCAGCGCGGCGUCCUUCCCGGGGAUGGCGCAGCCGCUUCAGCCGGCGGCCGAAGCUUCUCGCGGCACAUUCUCCUUCCCGGGAAAACCGUACGGGGAACCCGGGGGCGGCGGCGGCGGCGUGGCCUCUUGGGCGCCGUACGGCUCCUCGGACACGAGCGGAGGGGGUCUGCACGAUGCCGUAGGAGGAGGAGGAGGAGGAGGAGGAGGAGGAGGCCGGGGCUUUCAGGCGAUGAAACCCAAGAAGUGCUUCGUCUGCUCGUACUGCGGCAAGAUGUUCGAGCGCGCCGGCCACCUGGAGAGACAUUUGCGGAUUCACACGGGGGAGAAGCCCUACGGCUGCCACGUCUGCGGGAGGUGCUUCAACCAGAAGAGCAGCCUCAAGAGCCACAUGAAGACGCACAGGAACGGGGAGAACCCGGACGGGCCGGAGGCGCUUCGCCCGGUGUUCACGAUGCACGAAAUCCAACCGUCGAGGAACCCGCCAGAGCCCGAGGGCGCCCCGGUGACCCUGGAGGAGCAGCUGCUGGGCGCGGCGUACGGCGAGGCGCUCGCCGUGUCGGUGAAGCUGGAGCCACGCGGCGAGGGGUUCGCGGCCCCCAGCCAGGCGGGGCCCGACGGCGGCACGGGCCGCGGGCAGCUAUGGACCGGCGGCGGCGCCGAACCAACCGCCGGCGCCAUGUUCCACGACGUCGGGAAUCACGCCGGAGCGGCCGACGGUCGGCGGGGGCGCGGCGGCGAGGAGGACGCGGCGGCGGGCGGGCAAUCGGGGCGCUCCGACGUGACCGUCCCCGAGCACGGGUCCCUGAGCGAGGGGGGGGGCGGGUUCGAGCAGAGCUGCUUCAUAUGCUCGACCUGCGGCCAGAGCUUCGGCAGCUUCGCCUCCUUCCAGAGGCACCGGUGCACGGAGGCGCCCACGUCCGCGGGAGGGUCUUCGGCCAGAUGGGCGUGCUGAGGUUGCACCUCGAGCAGCGCGCAGAAUGAACGCCGUGCAGCCUACACGACCAGGAAAAAGAAGACGACGAGUUUGUUUUUCCAAUGCGAAGGGACGAUCGAGCAGAAGCUAAAAUGGACUUUGCAUUUUCUUUGACUUUGAGCCACUCGAUGAGCUCGACCGACAGAAGCCGCCACGCUUCCUGUUCCUUGAGUUUCCCUUCACUGACUUCAUAUAAUCAUUUGCUUUGCUAGUGGAGUCUUAACAUUGAGUAAAUGUUGACCACGGCGCUCACAGGACUGGAAUUGAAAGGGAACCGAUCCAUGACAUUUUGGUCUCUUUUUUAAAAAAAAUUUCAGUUCAACUUGAGGAAACCUCACUGUCCCGAACACGACUUUUCAUCUGAAAUGUCUCCCUUUAAUUAACCAGACAUCAAGGCGUUGCACUAUUACUCAAUUUCCAGAUCGCGUGUCGUCUUAUCAUUUGUUCUUUAUUAUUAAGAAGUAGGGGUUUGAUGAAUAUGGAUUUUUUUUUUGGCAACAAAAACAAAUCAUUUUGUGGAAUUUGGUUAAAUUAGAACAAAUGUCACUUUCGUGGAUUCAACCAGAGAUCUGGUAGGGGUUUGUUUUACUGCACAAUAAGAAACGUGUGAAAUCAAUCAGCGUCAUCAAGCUUCGAUAAGGUGGACCAAUUAUGUUUGUUUUUUUUUGUAUUAAGAUACACUUUGUGUUCGGGAUCCACAUGAAUUCAUUUUCUCAAAAAAAUCUGGAAUUAUGCAGUGGGGGGACUUAAUGGAGACGUGUACUGUGGACUUUGAGUUGAACCAAAAUAACUGACCCUCAUACAACAGAGUACUGUGUAGAUCAAAUUAUCAUUGCCUUUAAAACUGCAUUUAAGUAUUUUGUGUCGUAUUAUGUUUUAAUUAAUAUGCCAGCAUUACAAGAUUUUUUUUUUUUUGAAGAAAGGGAGGGAACUGCAAUAAGUUAAUGUUAAAUUAUAUGAAACAUAAAGCAUUAAAUACCUCAGUAAUAAACAGCAUCUCCAGCAAGAAUUUGAAAAGCAAAUUUGAGCUUCUCUUUGGUUACGUUAUCUCUCUAACAAAUAUUUAUUUUAGGUAGAUAUUUUUUCAAAUCACACUUGGGGACAAAUGACAUCGAGAGUCUGCUUUUCUUAUCUUUUUGUAUUUUCAAAUAAAUU